AUGCCUCAGUCCCCUUCACCUCGUCUACGUCAUUACAGGACAAUGACCGCAAUAUGUUUCGUUUGCAACCUGCCGAUAUUGUCUCAUCAAGUGGGACUUGUGUGGGCUGGAGGCAACGGUUGGGACGAAUUGACGAGGUCCACAUUAGAAGAGUCCACUCUCAGACAAAGACUUGGCAGUCGGAGAGACUCCGCUGCGCAAGUCUCUUGUCUGUCCCCACCAGAGCCCGACGCCGAUCAACAAAGGGGAGGUCCACGACGCCGCCGUUCAUCGCUAGCGCAACUUACAGAUAUCUUACGCGAGUGGGGUGGAGGUGGCAGUGGACCCCGGCGUCAACGAGCCCCUCUUUCCCGAAGGGAAACCCUGGCAGACCUAGCACGUUCCCUACCCUGGGCGCGCCACGAACCUCCCCCUCGACGCAGGCGCGAUUCGUCUGCAGAUUCCGGAAUUAAAUCCAUGGCUUCCAAACGUCGAGACUCGAAAGCUGCACCAAAUGAUUUUCGUGCAGAUUUCCCAAAUUGCUGGGAACGCAAAGAUUCCACUAUAAUUAUGCCAACACCAAGAGAACGGCGCAUCAAAAGGCGGGGAUCUGGUGAUGAUGAUAAAGGACGUAGAGAUUCAGUAGAAGGACACCGACAUCGUCGUGACUCCGUUGCUCCGCCUCCGCGAAUAGUAGCAGCCCAAAGAAAGAGACGGGCUUCACCACCUAUUCCUGCUCCACCAUCUUUUGUAGAUGCUUCCCUAGAUGCUGGACCAUCAAGUCAACCACCCUGUGUUACCAUAGUAGCAGUGCAUGAACCAAGUCGAUCAGAUGGCGAAUGCCAACCCAUGACAAUGCCUACAAUCAUAACAUCCGCUGUAACGCCUUCGCCUACUUCACCAACAAUACCGGGUAAUGCUGCUCAAGCUGUGCAGACAUCCCAAGCUACUCAAUCAGCACAAUCCACACAAGUUACACCUGGCGGUCGUACUCCACCUAAUUUAGGUGGUCGUCGUGAUUCCACAACACAAUGUGGAAGAGCAAGAAGAGAUUCCCGAGCAGCUGCAAGCCCAGAACGUAGGCUUGGAAGGUUACAACGACAAGCUACAGCAUUCGACGAUCCUACCGGUCCACCUGGAACAAGACGUAGAGAUUCUGGACCAUCUUUGGGACCCGACGAUGAAGGUAGGGCAAGAAGAGAUUCGUUGAGCCCCGAUUCAGCCGCGCGUCCAAGAAGGGAACGGUCUCAAUUAAGUCCUGACAGGGCAGGUGGCGGAGAGCUUAGUCCCUCAGCAGCAAGACGUCGAGGUCGUCUAAGAAGACAAGCUUCAUGCGCUAGAGUAGGUCGGGCCCGAAGCCCAGAAUCUAGUUCAUGUUCAAGUCGUGAUCCAAGUCCAUGCGCUCGGCCUCCCGAACGAACAAUAAUAAGACGUCAGUCUACCACGGAAGAGAUAUUGAUAGCUCGUGGGUUUCGAAGACAAUCUACGACAGAAGAGAUGAUUCGUUGUCGUAAUUUUAGACGUCAAAGUUCUCAAAGCGAUGACGCCUGUAUGCGCGCUCGCGGUCGUCGAGACUCGUCAACCCAAAUAUUAGAUGGCACCAUCGGCACCAUGACAGUAGAGACAACCAGUACUUUCUUCGACUCCAGUACUCAAACAGAGCCAUCGCCGUUGUACGAUAACAAUCACUACCACGAGGAAUGUCUCCGCUGCAACUCCUGUGGGCUAAACCUCACUGGUCCCAAUCAGAAACGUUCUCGCCGCUUCAAGAACCAGAUCCUGUGCGACCUGCAUUUCGCGGACGUCGCGCUCAUGGAGUGCAGCGACUUCAUGCAGCAACUACGCAGCUUCAAACCCCAGUCCUUGGGCUGCGCCGUCGCCAGGCGCAAAUCUUCCACCACACUCAUAUUCCCACUGCCGCCACAGGCAUGUUCAGAUGAAUUUUGUGAGGAGUAUCCUCACAGCCUGAUCCCCACGCCGGGGUAUUGGAUCGAGUGUUCGCGACAGAAAAUCACCACCGACACCAUUUGGGAUGAAUCGGAGUCAGAACAUGACAGUGGACCAGAUCGCGAUGACAAUGAUCGUCAUAGAAGAUCCGGUUCCCUGGACGAGGCUGCAGAGGAUAGUAGCGACAACGGGGGUAGCACUCCGAAGAAAAAAACUGUCAUUGAGGAACAAUGGGAGAGAUCUGGUGGCUUCGAACUCACCUCCGUUGAACAAGAGACUUACGAGAAGUACUUCUACGGAACUGAGCAUUGGAACUAUUUCACUAACGAUGAAGACCUGGGCCCUGUUAUAUUGUCUAUUAAACAAGAGACCCUUAAUGCCAGAGAUCAGUUCAGAAUCCUGGUCCGAGCUAUCAGCUAUACGGUACAUGGCCUGAUACCAGCUUCGUGUGUAUUCGCCGACCGAUACAAUCGUGAGGAAGUCGUUAGAUCACUAGGCAAAGAGGUGAACAUCAACCCGCCAUUAAUGUUGGGCCAGCUACCUGAUACACCUGAAGAACUGCUAAAACUUGACCAGGUGUUCAUAAAAUCAGAAUUAAAAGUCGGAGUCAUCUACGUCAAGGAGAGUCAGUACACAGAAGAAGAAAUUCUGGACAAUAAUGAGAACUCACCGAUGUUCGAUGAAUUUCUACAAGUGUUAGGGGAUAAAGUUCGACUUAAAGGUUUCGAUAAAUACAAAGGAGGUCUCGACACGGUACAUGAUCUGACAGGUCUCUAUUCAGUAUAUACCAAUUGGAGAGGUAUAGAGAUCAUGUUUCACGUAUCAACACUCUUGCCUUAUGAAAGACAUGAUCCACAAAAGCUACAGAGGAAACGACAUAUAGGGAACGAUAUAGUGUGCGUGGUGUUUUUAGAAGCUGAUAAUACCGCAUUCUCUCCAGCCUGUAUCAAAAGCCAUUUUUUACAUACAUUUAUAUUAGUUAGGGUAUCGGCUAAAAUAAAACGAAGACCAACUAGGUACGAGGUGUCGGUUGUCACGCGAGAUGAAGUUGGUGCCUACAAGCCCUAUUUAUGGGAGCAAAGUGUUUUUGACAAAGGACCCAUGUUCAGAGAAUGGCUUCUUACCAAGAUAGUUAAUGGAGAGAGAGCUUCGUAUUCAGCGCCUAAAUUUGCUAGAAUGCAGGAAAGAACCCGCAGUCAAAUGCUAGAAGAUAUAGUGGCCAAUUUACAAAACCAUGCCGAAACGGGACAGAUACCCAAGCCCUACAGAAGAGGUUCAUGGCGUCCAAUAGGCCACAUGCGACCAUCGUCCCCUCUGUUGGACUCUGUUAGAGAUCAGUUCGAGGACUACGACCAACUUGCUAAAGACUUUACGCGUGUUUUCUUAAAUAACGAGCCAAAUGCAGCGCAAAACGCACAAAUGUUCGACGUUGUGUUCCUAGUAGGACAGUCUAAACAGAAGACUAAGUUCAUUGGAGUACGAGCGAUAUUAGGCGUAAGAAGCAGAGUGUUUCAAGAAAUGUUGUACGGCAUUCAGACUGGGUUUGGAUCACCACAAGUACCAGUAGCCGAGCUGCUAGCGCGGCCAGCACCCACUCUCCUUUCCCCCACACCUGCAAGACAAAAGAGCAGCAACUUUCUACAAGUCCCCGACAUCGAGUCUCCAAGACCUAAAAGCGUGCCUAGUUCGCCGAUGGUCAAACGCGCUUUCUCCCGACUCGGCACGUUAACGGCGGGCUGGGGUCGCUCUAUACGUAAACAACACUCGCAGCUCAACGCUGAUGACAAGAAGAAAUGGGCCAGCUCACAAGACUGUUCUAAUAAAGAAGGAAAAGAUAAAGACAAAGACAAAAAUGCUGCAUUAGCAGUACCGAGACUGUCAGUAUGCGCGGAUGCGCAGAAAGUCGACCGUGCCAAACUUGCACAGACUGAGUUUUCAAUAAUAGAAUUCGACCCAGAGACAUUCCGGAUACUACUGGACUACCUGCACACUGGUAGCUGUCCACUCACGUGUGCUUCGAUACCUGGCCUUAUAUGCGCCGCGGAACAUUACGACUUACCCGAACUACUCCAAGCUUGCUUCCACCACGCCAAGCAAUUCCUUAGGAUAGAUGUUGUAUGCACGAUGCUCAUAUCAUUAGAAAAUUAUUACUGGCGGUACACGUCAGCCUCGGAAUUGGUGAACAUGAUUCUGGCCUUCAUCGAGCAGCGAGCGUACGCGCUCUUCCAAACUCCGGAGUUCCUCAACCUCUCGGAAUCCAUGGUGCAAAUGAUCAUGUGCCGGAAUCUUGAGGUACCCGAAGUGAGGAAGUUCGAAGCGAUGCUCGGUUGGGCCAGAAACAAGAUCAAAUCAAAGUCCGCAAAUAAGACUGAUGCCAAAAAUGAAUUUAAAUGCAUUAUGGAGAGGUUAGCUAGGGAUCUGAAACUGUAUAGGAUCACACCGCAAGAAUUGAUAAAAGUGGUUCUCCCGUCGAAAGCUAUCAAGAACGAAAGGAUACUGGAGACACUGAUGUACCAGGCGAACUCGGGCAUGUACAGGAUUCAGGAUAGCGACAUAGAAGCCUGCCAACAGCGGCUGCUGCAAAAACAAGACUCGAGAUUCUCUGAAUUCGAAAGCUUCGACUAUGGUAUAUAA